UCCGACCUCGAGGCAGAGGUAUCUCGGCAAAUAUAUAUAUAUUUAGCUACGCAAAGAUAUAUACACGCACGUUUCCGGGUGUGGGUGUUCGUGCGGCUGCAACGCGGUGGUAGCGGAGGACAGACGCCGUUUUCUACGGUGCAGUGGCUGUGACUGACACCCCCCCAACCCUGAGAAGGCGGAGGGAAGAACCCCCAGGCUUUGCAAAAAUUUACAACAGGAACGCACAGCAACAAUCAUCACAAUAAAAACGCAGUGCGAGCGAUCAGCUUAACAGCUGAUAAAUUCCAAAGUGUAAACAAGAUUUGAUGGAUGCAAUAAUGGAAUGCUGAACGGUCCAAGGAUAUUACUUGAAAGUAAGAUGUCUUUCAAUUCACCUGUGAUUUCAGAAGAUGACCAAAAGAACCACCAGGGAAUGAAAAGAAAUUUUGAAGGCCUGAAUAGUUCAGAUUCACAGACUACGUCGAUGUUGCAGGAAACACCACUUGAAAACCUACAUCUAGCGCCUCAGACUGUUCUUGAAAGAGCCCCAAAACAAGGGAGAUCAAAAUGUCCCAGAUGUAAUAGUUCAAGGAUGUUCUAUUGUUACACAUGCUAUGUUCCAGUUGAAACUGUUCCCACUGGAGAAAUUCCUGUUGUGAAGCUCCCAUUGAAAAUUGACAUCAUUAAGCAUCCCAAUGAAACGGAUGGCAAAAGCACAGCUGUACAUGCCAAGCUCCUGGCGCCCGAAGAAGUUACCAUUUACACAUAUCCUUGUAUUCCAGACUACGAAGGAAUGAGACACGAAAUUGCACUUAUCUUUCCUGGGCCUAAUUCAGUUUCAAUAAAUGACAUUCCCCUCUGUUUGCAAAACAAAUCUAAGAAGAAGGUUGGCUGUGACGAGGACGAGGACUCGUCAGCAGAACCAGUCCUCAAAUGUGCGAAAACAGAGUCAGGCAGUGAAAGCGACUUGGGCGAACACCAGUUUCACAGCAGAAAUGCUCCGUUGAAGAGAAUUGUGUUUAUUGAUAGCACUUGGAAUCAAACGAACAAAAUAAUCACAGAUGAGCGGCUCCAAGGAUUGCUGCAAAUUGAACUGAAGUCGCGGAAAACCUGCUUUUGGCGUCAUCAGAAGGGAAAGCCAGAGACGUACCUGUCUACCAUCGAAGCAAUUUAUUAUUUCCUAGUUGACUAUCAUAAGGAAUUCUUGAAAGAAAAAUAUGAAGGACAGUAUGACAACCUCCUUUUCUUCUUCUCGUUUAUGUACAAAUUGAUAAAAAAUGCCAAGUCAGCAGGAAAAGACUAAGGCAAUAUAAUUUUCGUGUGAAUAACAAAAACCAACCCCCUAAAAUAUUCCUUAUGAUCCAUUGUACUUUAUGCUUUUAAACUUAUUAGUAACAAUUGAAUUAAAUAAAUUGCACAGUUGGCUAGAGGGUUUUUUUGUUUGUUUGUAAGAAUGCAAAAUGUUCCUGUCCUUUUUAGCCCAAUCCUAAAUCCAAACCCGUAACUUAUCAUCUGAGGCAAAUCUCUCUUAUGGUUCCCAAGAGACUCCAAAUGGUCUGGGGACUUUACUGCCCUUGUUACAUUUGAACAUAUUUUUUUAUAAGCACCAAUUUGGAUGUUUGGAGGGUUUAUAUCAAUUUACAUAUUUUAGAGAGAAGUACUGAUGGCUGUUAUGUUUUCAAUGCGAACUGACAGUGUAUAUUGUUUUGUUGGGGGGAUUUUCUGUCUCUUUUAUCUUCCCCCACUUCUUUGCUAAAUUUGACACUUAAAAAAAAGCUGGACUGUUAUGGGAGUGUUGCCUGAAAUAAAACUGAGACCGCUGCCUCUAAAUAGAAAUGUUUUCAGACUGUAAUAAGCAGGGAAAAUGCCAACAUUUUCCAGUCUCUUUUCUUAAACAUAGUAAAACUUAGUUCAGCUGUUUCACUCUAUAGGAAUGCACACUUCACCGUCAGGGAUGACUUAAUCCUGGUGAUGUAACUGUUUACUAAAAAAUGAUUGGAACAAUAUUUCAGUAGACCAAAAAAAACAAA